CUAGCCUGUUCACUCCUCAUUUCUAUUGUGAACACCACACAUCUAAAUAACAACACUCUAUCUGAGGGCCAUGACGCCUUCCUCUCUCAUUCUGGCCACAGUAGCCAUCUCCGUCAUCCUCUACUCCCUCCUCAGCUACCUCGCUCGGCCCUCCCGCCCUCUCCCACCCGGCCCGAAGCCAUGGCCCCUCGUCGGGAAUCUGCCCCACCUCGGCCCCAUGCCCCACCAAUCCAUGGCAGCCCUAGCCCGAGCCUACGGGCCGCUCCUGCACCUACGGCUCGGGCUCGUCGACGUGGUGGUGGCCUCGUCGGCCUCCGUGGCAUCCCAAUUCCUGAAGACCCACGAAGCCAACUUCUUAAGCCGCCCGCCCCACUCCGCGGCGAAGCACCUCUCGUACAACUACCAGGACCUGGUGUCCUUGCCGUACGGACCAAGGUGGCGGAUGUUGAGGAAGAUAAGCUCCAUCCACCUCUUCUCCGGCAAGGCUCUUGAUGAUUAUAGACAUGUUCGCCAUGAAGAGGUUGUCGUACUGACGCAUGCGCUGGCACAUGUGAGCUCGACCCCGAAGAAACUGGCCCAACUGCUCAACGUGUGCACGGCGAACGUGCUGGGGCGGGUGAUGCUGGGGAAGAGGGUGUUUGGGGACGGGAACGGCGGGGGCGACCCAAGGGCGGACGAGUUCAAGUCGAUGGUGGUGGAGUCGAUGGAGCUGCUGGGCGUGUUCAACAUCAGCGACCUGGUCCCGGCCCUCCAGCGGUUCGACCUCCAGGGGGUCAUGGCCAAGACGAAGACGCUGCACAAGCGCUUCGACGCCUUCCUGACGGCCAUCGUGGAGGAGCACAAGGCCGGCAUGGGCAAGGCCGGGAGUAAGCACAACGACUUGUUGAGUACUCUGAUCUCUUCCAGGGAUAUUGCUGAUGAGGAAGGAGGGAAGCUCACGGACGACCAGAUCAAAGCAUUUCUUCUAACCAUGUUCACGGCGGGCACCGACACUUCCUCCAGCACUACCGAGUGGGCCAUCGCCGAGCUCAUCCGUCGCCCCGACAUCCUGGUUCGGGUCCAGGAAGAGAUCGACUCCGUGGUGGGACGAGACCGCCUCGUGACCGAGCUCGACCUGCCCCGCCUGACGUACCUCCAAGCUGUGGUCAAGGAGACCUUCCGGCUCCACCCGCCCACUCCUCUAUCCAUCCCGCGGGUCGGGGCCGAGGGCUGCGAGAUCAACGGCUACCACAUCCCCAAAGGCGCCAAGCUGCUAGUGAACGUGUGGGCCAUAGCCCGUGACCCCGACGCUUGGGCCGAGCCCCUGGUGUUCCGGCCGGAGAGGUUCCUACCGGGUGGCGAGAAGCCUAAUGCCGAUGUGAGGGGUAACGAUUUCGAGAUCAUCCCGUUCGGAGCGGGGCGGAGGAUAUGCAUCGGAAUGAGCAUGGGCUUGAGGAUGGUUCAACUCAUGACCGCGACGUUGGCCCACGCUUUUGACUGGGAGCUGGCCGGUGGGGUCUCGCCGGAGAAGCUGAACAUGGACGAAGCUUACGGGCUCACCUUACAACGGGCCGAGCCGCUGUCGGUCCACCCGAAACCAAGGCUCGCCUCCCAUGUCUACAAGGCAUUGAGUUGAAGAGCUAAUGAACAUUGGCCGGAGCUACAAAUUAGGAGGUGAUACAACCUUACAUGCAGCUACUUUACCAGCUUCCCAUCUACCGUAACAUUAUCCUACCGAUCAAAGCUUAGUUGCCCUUGUAGAGAGACGACUCUAUAUCCAUCCUCAGUUGCUAUCCAGUCUGUAUGGUUCUAGGAAAAUAAAUGCAGUCAAUGUGCUAAGCUACCACAUCCCCUACAUCAUCUGCACAAACUUUAUUUCACAAUUAUGUGUUAAAGUACAUCUAAAGCAUUUUAUUGUGAUUGAUAGAUUUUUUUUUUUAAUAUACUGUAAUACCCUCAGAUAUUAUUGCAA